UACACGCUCUAGGUGCGAGAAUGCCACAAAACUGCAAUUUGGCAGAGUUUAGGAAUCUUAAAUAAAAGUAUAUUUGGUGUGAUUCAACACUAAAGAGCAUCACAAGGGGGAGGGGUCUCGCCACCGACUGUCUCGCGCGUCACACCAGCUGCGGUUGGUCAUGUCUUCCUAACACUACGUACCUACAUCACAGCAAACAAGACACUCUACUGCUUAGAGGCUCCGCGGCCUUCCUUCCCUCACGCUGGGAGGUCCUUACAACUACCCUGGACUCCCUCCCUCGCCGGCAGGAGUGCGGGAGGGGCGCGAGGCUCCUGCAGCGGCACGGUCUGCCUGCUUCCUGGCGCCAGCCUUCUUCGCGCCGCUGAUUCAGCAGACACAAAAUCUCGCUACCGUGGCUUGAAUAUGCAAUGCGAAUGCACGUGAGUCAGUGCUAUAUAGCAUACGUAAUUCCUAAAACAUAAAAAAACGAUUAUUGA